UUUGUGGAAAAUUUGUUCUAAAUGUAAGAGGAGCUCAUCUUGAGUCUUGAAAGAAUGUUCGAAAUUCCCGCGUAGAAAAUUGCGAGGGAAGGGUCGAUGUUCGACAAAUUCGAGAGUUUGUCUGGCAGAAAAAUAAAGAUGGCCCCUUGCUGAUAGAACAGGACGUAAUUAGUCAUACGAAAGUGUUUAUAAAUGAAUAUCAGCUGGAUGUGUAACGGAAUAAAAAACGGGAUACUGUGACAGUGAAUAAAUUCAACUGUGCAUACAAGUUUUCCGAAAACACAGUAAAAAUGGGACUUUUUUCAAAUUCGUCACCUUUCGACGCUGACGUCGAAAAGGCAACAAAUGAAAAGAAUACGAGUGAAGACUGGGCAGUGAUUAUGGAUAUUUGUGACAAAGUGGGAAUCUCGCCACAAAAUGCUAAGGACUGUUUACGCUCCAUUGUGAAGAGACUGAAUCAUGCAGAUCCGCAUGUUGUAAUGCAUGCAAUAACUUUAUUGGACGCAUGCUCGAACAACUGUGGCAAGGUUUUUCAUUUGGAAAUUGCAUCCCGUGAAUUCGAAGGCGAGUUGAAAAAGCUGAUAACUAAGAUGCAACCAAAGAUAGUUGAGAAGUUAAAGGCAUUACUCAAGAAGUGGGCCGAGGGUGAAUUCAAGACAGAUCCACAAUUAAAUUUAAUUCCGAGCCUUUAUAACAAAUUAAAAAGUGAAGGCAUUGACUUUUCAGCGGUUUCAGAACCGCCCAAGCAUUCCGUACCUCUUAGCAGGGAUCCAAACGUAGUCUCCAAUUCUCAAGAAGAAGAAGAUAUUGCUAAAGCAAUCGAAUUAUCCCUGAAAGAGAAUAAGCAACAUCAGUCCACAUCACAUGGUUCACCAGCUUCGAAAAAAUCCACCAGCUUGUACCCUAGUGUAAGUUCCGUGAUGCCGCCUGCAAGUAACCCCGAAGGUAGAAAAGUGAGGGCGCUUUAUGAUUUCGAAGCUGCUGAAGACAACGAAUUAACAUUCAUGGCAGGAGAAAUUAUUCACAUACUAGAUGAUUCCGACCAGAAUUGGUGGAAAGGAAGUAAUCAUCGGGGCGAAGGUCUCUUUCCCUCAAAUUUCGUAACUGCAGAUCUAUCCGCUCAACCAGAGAAUACAAAAUUGGAACACAGCAGUAAGAAGUUGGUUCAGUUUUCCGACGAGGUUGAAGUGAAAACGUUAAAGAGGGAACCGGAAGUGAUCGAGGUGGAAAUUGAUGAGCCGAAAAUGGACAGACUCAUGCAUUUAUUACACGAAGCGGACCCACAGUCUGAUAGUACUGAUCCCCCAGAGAUGCUUGAUUUGGAAGAACAAGUCACUGCAAUGGGACCUUUGAUAGAUGCAGCUUUGGAGAAAACAGACAGACAGCACGCAACCCUCACGCAGUUGAGUUCUGAUUUGGUGGACGCGCUUAAUUUGUAUCACACAUUGAUGCGCGAACCACAUCCUGCCGGUCCAGCGAAUUAUGUUCUACCGAAGAUGCCUCCGCCGCAUAUGCACCCUUAUCCAUUCCCAAAUCAAGGACCACCUCUUCCGAGCCAUAUGUUCAACGGAAUGCCACCUCCGCCGCAGGCUUCCUUCAAUCCGGCUGGAGUUCCGCCAGUUCAUUUUAAUCCAAACAUGACGAGACACGAAUACAUGGGUCCGACGAGUAUGCCUCCUAUGGCAAUGCCCCCACAUUUUCACAUGCAACCUGGACCGCAUCAGCAAAUUCGUGGCCAACAUCCGAUGCCUGAGCAAAAUAGUCUCCCUUAUCAACCUCAGGGAUUUCCACUUCAACCCGGUACUGUGCCUGGACCAUACAAUCCACAAGGACCCUCAGGGAUGCCAACCAACCAACAACCCCAGUACGCUCCACCUAACGGCCAGCACAUGAUGUAAAUUUUUUGCGUUACAGAUAAAUUCAUGGUGUACUCAAAAAAGGAAGAAAGUUGUACAAUAUUUCUUAUUAUAGUGAUUUAAAUAACUCUACAAAGGAUAGCAAUUUCAAUAAACUUACAGGAGAUAGCCAAAGACUCUGGAGUUUCGAGAGAUUUUAGAGUUUGGAUUUCGACCGUGUAUUUGUAAAAGUGAUGAAAAUUCGUCGAAGAAACGAAUGACUUAAAAAAAAAAGAAUGUUACUUGUGUGACGUUUGUCGACGAAGACAAUAUUGUAAGUGAUACACAGGCAGUUGUAUAUUUUGAAUCUUAAUUUUUAUUGAAUAAGGAUAACUAUCCUCUUUUGUUAAAAUAGUUCUGCUGAGCAGGUUUUUAUGAAUAUUUUGAAUUAAAAAUUGUAAUUAUCUCGAAAUAAGUUUUAAUUUAUUUGUAGCAAAUCGAUUUUCUAUGUGCAAUCCAAUUUUUAUUAAUUGCCUAAAUUAUUUGUGCGUCAACGCAAAAGGAAACGAGAGAAAGUAAAUCCAGAUUAACGCGAGUUACAGAAUCAAAUUCGUGAUUUAUCUGUAACAAUUUUGUCUGUAAUUUGAAUCACGGCGACCUUCUAACAGUUUUCGAUCAAUCCGAUGACUCGCGUUGAAGGAACAACAAUGAUGAACAAAAAGUGGUUUAGCUUUUUCUAGUUUUGUACCAAGUGUAAUUCGUGCUGUCGAUUACAGACUCUGCCUCAAGAUAUUACUGCAUACUAUAGACAAAUCUUAUAUUACGAAUACGUUUUAAGUUAAAAGUCCUUUUUGAUUUACACCCCCAGCAAGAAUCAAGACGUCUGAAUCACGUCUAGUCUGUCUAUUGUAAAUAAUUAUUAUCAGCCAGCGACACGUGAUUACAAGAAGGAAAAAAAAAAUUUAACAGAUAAUUUUGUACUUGUAUGAUACUUGUACCAUUUUUUCGUACGCGAAUGUGUAACAGAUAAAACAUUGUGAGACUGAAGAAGAGGCGAAGAACAGGGAAUGAAGUUGUUUACAGCAGACGAGAAAAGAUUAUUACACAUAGAUAAUAUUUAAGGCGUUCUUUUCGCGUUCGAUUGUAACAUAAAUCUGUUUUUAUUUCUUCGCUAAGAAUAAUUCGUGUUUUAUAACUAUGUUCUCUACUGUGUAUAUGUAUCUAAAGGUAAAGUCACGCUGAGAAAGUCGUCUUCUGAUUUAAUUUGGAGGGCGAGGUCGAUCAGAGGAAGGAAGAAAGUUCUCAAAUAUUUCACUGAACCUGUACAUGUUACGUUGCCAUUAAACUGUCAUUAUUUACAUAA